UGGGGAUUCACUGUAAAUGAGUCUGAGGAAUCAGCAGCAAAACGUCCCAGAGUUCCUGGAUCACGUCUUGCUCUACUGCCCACAAACAGCAGACCGACACGCCUGACUCAACCAAGGACCACCUCUUAUAAUGGGAGGUGUUGCUAGGGGCUCCUGAGUGUUUAAGAGGUGCGGCUGCAGACAUGUAGGUUCCACCAGGACAUGGUUACCUGAACAGCAGAGCUACAGGGGAAACAUCUUUGACAUGUUCCCUUUUUCUCUUGGCUUAUCGAACCUCUGGUGCCUCAGAAUGAGCUGGUGAAAUUCACGCAUGGGUGAAACAGAAUGCAGAAGCAGAAGCAGAAAUUUUUUAACGGAGCAACACUCAAACUGACACCCAAAUUAAAAGUCUGGGCAGCGCAGCGGAGAGCUGCUCAGCUACGGCUGGACAAAGCCAGAAAAUGAAGAAUGAUGUCAGACCAGCAGAAAACAGGAGAUGUUUUGGCUUUUCACGGCGCCACAACUUUUUAUUUCUUGUGGUUCUCGGAGUUGUACUUUUUGUCUACUGCACCAACAUCCGGGACACGGGGCCCGAGUGGAACCCCAAAGAGUGGAUGAAGAAUCAUUCAACCAAACUACUCACUGUGUUCGGAAAACAAAGCAACGUCUCCAAAAACACAGGAUUUACAGGGUUUCCAGACGGAAACUCCGCUGCUGAACUUCCUGAAACUACGAGCGUCGCCACAACGCAGGAGCCAACGACUCAACAGCAGAGGACAGUUUCAUCACGAGUCACCAAGAAGACGCCAGAAACCCAGACUGCCCAACGGAUAGCGGCUCCUUAUGUGUCUCCUGGACCGUACUUGGUGGAGUACCCCUAUGAGUACCACUUCACUAUCAACGAGGAACUGAAAUGUAAGCAGGAGAAUCCGUUUGUGGUUCUGAUCGUACAAGUGGCGCCACGCAACCGAGCUCAUCGCGACAUCAUCCGUAACAGCUGGGGAAGUGAGAAGCUGGUUAACAACCAAGUGGUGGCGCUGUUCUUCCUGCUGGGGAUGCAGACUGGAGACGAUGCAGAGCAGGUCCACCGGCAGCUGCUGCAGGAGAGCAGAGAGCAUCACGACCUCAUCCAGGGAGACUUUGUGGACUGUUACAAGAACCUGACCAUAAAGACCAUGGUGAUGCUGGAGUGGCUGAACUCCUACUGCUCCAGCGCCGCUUACGCCAUGAAAAUCGAUUCAGACAUGUUUCUAAAUGUUCCCAAUCUGGUCGACUUGCUCCUCAAAGCUCCAAGGACAAACUACAUGACCGGCCUGGUGACACAAGGAGGACGAGUCUCCAGAAAUCCCAACUCCAAAUGGUUCUUACCUAUUGAAGUUUUCAGUGAAGAUGUUUAUCCUCCCUAUGCUCUGGGUCUGGGCUACAUUUUGUCUUUGGAUCUCACCAAAAAGCUCGUUGAGGCUUCCAGACACAUUAAGCCUCUUUAUAUUGAAGAUAUAUAUUUGGGUUUAUGUAUGAGACACCUGGGUAUCCAUCUAACAGAUCCAUCGGGUUACUCCUUCCACUUUUUUCCUAUACAAUACAGUCGCUGUAAAUACUCAAAGAUUAUCGCGACCACAACUCUGGAAAAUAUGGACCGUCUUUGGAUUUGGAGAGACUUUAAGAAACCGGGUCGGUACUGUUGAUUAGUAAAAAAGGUAGCAAAUCAAAACCAAGGAAUGCUUUGUGUUUACAUGUUAUAUUACAAAAAGUAUUUGUGUCAAAAACGUAAUUCAGGUUUUCCUGCCUAAAAUGAGGUCUAGAACCGUUUGUAUUAUUACCAAUUUAAUCAAGUUAAUAUCUGACGAAAUAUUUACUUUAGUAUUAAGUUUGAUCAUAAGAUCUGAUAUAAUUUGUUAAAAAAAGAUGUAAUUAGACAAAAAAACCAGGCACACAUUAACAAAUUCUGACAUAUACAAAUAUUACAAAAUACUGCAUUCAUGCAGAAAAUUGACAUUUUUCAACAUCUUAUUUUUCUUUAUAUUUUUUGUAAACAUAAAGAUUUUGUGUCUAAUAAAGACGUGAGGUAAUAUUUAUGUUUAAACGUUGCAUAGUGACGAUAUGUAGAAAACAAAACGGGGCUUUCCAGAGAAAUGCCGCCUCACCUGGGUCGGUUCUGGUUCUGCCACAUUUUGUCUGGGUAUCAUCACUGAAAAAUUGACACAAAACUUUUUAAUUUCUAUUCAGUUUUAUUAUUUUUUUGCUUCCUCUACAGAUUAAUUUACAGGAUAAUGAUUGUACUUUUUGUUUGCCAGGCAGAGAGAAACGUCCAGGAGAAACUUUAAUAAACACACAAAUCUUUUAAACACCAGGCAGACUGGAAGGAAUUAAUUUAGAUCAUUUUUAAUUAAAAAAGACACAUUUGUGAUGUAAUUUGCCAAAAUAUAUGUGUAUGUUUUGGAAUACAGUUUUAAAUAUUGUGGUUAUUUUUGUGAAAGUCGGCUGUUUUUCAGCUCUUCUGCAGAAACGGGUUUGAUUCCAGCUGCACAUUUAUUAAUGUGAAUUUAGGCAACAAAAAUGUUCACCUACUGCAAUGAAAUAUUUUAUAUAUAGAGGAGAUGUUAUAGUUUAAUGUUUUCAUCCAUUUGUUUUAUUUUGUUUUUGUUGGUAAAUUUAAAACAUGAUGUAAGAAAUGAGUUGAUUUUCUUGCAGGUUUUGUUUUAAAGGAAACUCAGGGAACCUUCAUGUUUAUAUCAAAAUGUGAUGGAAAAUAUUUCAUCUUGAUUUUCUUCUGCUUUUUUCCUCACUAAUAAGCAUCACAUUUGGUUUUGUUUGGGAUCUUUUAGUCUUUACAUUUUAUUGGUGACGGUGGAAGUCAAAGAACAGUGAAAAACUCUUGUGUGUGAAUAAAGAUCGUCUUUAUUCACAAGAA